AUGGCGAGUCCCGAAGUAUCACGGAAAGUAAAAAUGCUGGGAACAUGGAAUGAGGAUGUUUUCACUGAUGAAAUUGUGAAGACCAUUGCAGCUCUAGCUAAAUCAGAGAAAGGCAAAACAGUCAAGGUUGUUUUGAGUCGUAAAGGUGUGAAGUUGACUCGGUCAAAACUAUUUAAAGAAAGAAAGACCACAGUUUUUCCCAUAGGAGACUUAAGAACUAUCACUAGGAGUCCGGACUUCUCUCAGUGUGUGUUGCUUAUACUUUCAAAUGUGGACAAGAAGUAUAAGAUAAUUGCUUUACGCUGUGCUUCGGAGAAAGAUGCAGUUCAUUUGGUUAGUGGCUUUGGAGAGAUUCAGAAGCACUUGUCGUCUUCCCGUGUGGAGCUGAAGAAGAAAGAUAACGGGAACUGGACCCUUCGUGAAAGACUUUUCCCUCGAUCGCGCAAACUUGUAACUGAUGUGUACAGUGAUCGUACACCAAACGGUGGCGUCACGGUUGGAGCAGAAAACGGAACUGUCAUGGCGUACAGGGCAAGUCCUGAAGCUACCGACGCCUACACGGCAGUUAGCUAUCAGAAAGGUGUUUACACGAAGCGAAGUACUAGUGGGAAUUCAAAUAGCUCAAAAGUGCAUAAAAAGAAUUAUUUUUUUGCAAAUAAUGUCGGCGAUGAUUAUGUCAUUGAAACUGAGGUUCUGCCCAGUUCAAAAACCACAACUGAAGUUCACACUCGUCACCAUAGUGACGACAUUCGCAAACACAAGGGACGACCUGAAUACGUCUCAAAGAAUAUUCUAGAAGUUGAUAAAAGACGUAUAGAAUCAGGAAACCAUCUUGUAUAUUCUGGACACAGCGUGCCUUCACCUGGAAAGGUUGUAUACUCAACAACAUCGAGAAACCAUGUGCCUACCCAACCUGUGAUUUAUAGAGAACCAUCUUCCAGAACAUACGAAGCCAGGAUAGAACCUCCUGCCGCUCACUAUCCUAAGCUUGUACAAGGACGCGGUAGAGAUUCCUUGCGGUCCGACACUCUUCCAGUAAGGGUUUGGGGAGGAAACUGGAAUAUGACUUUCGAUCAGCGCUCAGUAAGGUCCAACACUAGCAAAACAUCGCAUUCUCGAAGGAAGAGGUCGUCUGAGUUUUACUACCCAACAACUGUUGUCAGGUCCAUCGAGAAGACAUACCCCCGACCACCCGUUGUCUUUCGCCGAGGCACAGAUCAGAUCAUCGCCUACCGGCCAGGUGCUGACAACUAUUACAUCGUGGAGCCCCGUGAACCUCAUGGAUAUUUCAAAGAGCGCCAAGGAGCUGGACAGCUGCCCUAUUGA